UUAAAUGACCCACAAAAAUUCCUUCCUUUAAUUUUGUUCUUUCCUUGUCUGCUAUUCCUCAACAAAAUUUUCUCAAGAACCAAACAAGAAAAGGAAAAAAAAACUAGAAUUCCCCAUCACUCCAUACUCUUUGCUCUUCUCACACAUCUAAUCAGUCGCUCUUCUCUUCAAAGUUCUGACUGACACCCAAAACCAAGUUUAAUGGCUACAAACUAAUGUAUGGCUAGUUGAAGUCAUCUUGCAUUUCAUUUCUGGGCUUACUUUAUUGUUGGGGAUCAUUAUGGGGGCUUCAACGUCAUCUAUGGCGGCGAAGUUUGCAUUUUUUCCGCCAAAUCCUCCGACGUAUAACGUAGUUGUGGAUGAAGCAAGUGGGAAAUUGAAGAUCUCUGAUGUGCAUCAGAGGGAUGAAGUGGAUGUAUUGAAGCUGUGCACAAAGAAAGGGAAUGAGAUUGUUGCAGUGUAUGUCAAGAACCCAUCUGCUUCAUUGACUCUGCUUUACUCUCAUGGCAAUGCUGCUGAUCUUGGCCAGAUGUAUCAUAUUUUCACUGAGCUUAGUCUUCAUCUUAAUGUCAACCUUAUGGGGUAUGAUUACUCUGGUUAUGGACAGUCAUCUGGAAAGCCAAGUGAGCAGGACACAUAUGCUGACAUUGAGGCUGCUUAUAAAUGCCUAGAAGAAAAGUAUGGAGCAAGAGAGGAAGACAUCAUAUUGUAUGGACAAUCUGUUGGGAGUGGACCUGUUCUGGACUUGGCAUACCAUUUGCCUCAAUUAAGGGCUGUGAUACUUCACAGUCCAAUCCUGUCCGGCCUUCGAGUCAUGUAUCCUGUGAAGCGCACAUUCUGGUUUGACAUUUACAAGAAUAUAGAUAAGAUUCCACUCGUCAGUUGUCCGGUGCUGGUAAUUCAUGGAACUGAAGAUGAAGUGGUGGAUAUUUCUCAUGGUAAGCAGCUAUGGGAGCUUUGUAAAGAGAAGUAUGAACCAUUGUGGGUUAAAGGAGGAAACCACUGCAAUCUGGAACUCUAUCCAGAGUACUUGAAGCAUCUCAGGAAGUUCAUAUCAGCCAUCGAGAAGCUUCCACGUCGUGAAACUCUAGCAGUAGAAAAUGCUGAUCAGUCUGAGCAUCCUUUGAACCCCACUGAAUCUAGUUCCAGGUCAAGCACAGACCACAGAGAGAAGGGUAGGCCAAGUACUGGGCAGAGAGAAAAAUCUUGGCCAAGCACAGAAAAUAGAGAGAAAUCAAGAGCUAGUACUGAUAGAAAAGAGAAGCCAAGAAAGAGCAUCAGUCGCUCAACAAAAGCAAGGAACAGCACAGAUCAACCAGAGAAAGCUAGGAACAGCUUCGACCGGUUGGGAGAGAUGGUGAGAUCUGUUGGAUUGUGCAAUGUUGAUUGUUUGAAACAAACAGCCUUGGAGGCCUGAGGAAUGAAGGAAACGUAAUCCGGUUAUGAUUUUUUUCCCCACCAGUUUGUUUGGAUUGUGCAAUGUUGUUGAUAGUGAUACCCAAUCAACUGAGAUUUACAACCCCUUUCUCACAGAAUUUCUUUCAAAUUCCUUGUUUUCCCUGUGUUAGUCUGAAUUAAUUUAACUCAUUUAAUAAGCCAUUUCAAAAGGUUCCAUCACAUUUCCAAUACAUUGCAUAUCAGUAAGGUCUGGAGCUGAGGCUUCUGAAUUUUGCCAAUGUUGAGAAAUUGUAGCCUCUGGACUAUCCAGGUGUAAGAAAAUUCAUCACUAGUACUUUUGUCAUUUUGGUGCUUGACUAGAACUGGAAGAAAAUUCAGGACUAUUGUGCCUCAAGCUACAAGUAAACCUGGUGCAGCAUAUUCUGUGAGUUUUGACACAGGGCAUGCAUCUGUGUCAAGAUGAGUGACAAGAAGAGGUUCCUGGGAAUGGACUGGAUUUGUUGAAAGAAAACUCUACUUCAUGUAAGGGACUGCUUACAGUCCUGCUAUAUCUAUAUGUAUCCAUAUGUUGAUCAAGAUUGGUUUUAUUGGAGAUCCAUUUUGUGGAAAAAGAACUAAGGAUGAGAUGAUAAUUGCUGUAUCAGACUAUCAAUUCAUCCAAAGAGACUAAACUGUUGGGUAAUAUAGAUUCAGUCAUUCAAGCCACUUUGUGUUUUUUUUUUUA